CUCUCUCUCUCUCUCUCUCUCUCUCUCUCUCUCUCACACACACACACACACACACACACACACACACACACACACACACACACACACACACACACACACACACACACACACACACACACACACACACACACACACACACACACACACACACACACACACACACACACACACAACUUUAUGUAUUUUCAUUGUCCUCUUCUAAGGAAAUCAUGAGUUUGAUUUCGGUGUGGACCACUUGGAAGAGCAGACAAAAAAUAUGACCUUCCCAUGGUUCCUCAGCAAUGUGUACGACAGGUUCACCCAUGAAACGCUGGGCCAUGGCAUGGUCAGCAGCAUCCUGGAGUGGAACAGCCUAAAGAUCGGUGUCAUGGGCCUGGUAGAGGAGGACUGGUUGGAUACCCUGGGCACUGUGGACAAGAACAACAUCCACUACACAGACUAUGUGGAGACAGCUGAUCACCUUUCUGCUGAGCUGAGGGACAAAGGGGCUGACCUGGUCAUCGCAGUCACACACAUGAGGUGGCGUAAUGACAUCAGGCUAGCAUCCGAGUCCAACGGUGUGGAUCUCAUCCUGGGAGGACAUGACCAUGAGUACGGGGUUCUGGAGGUCAAUGGGAUUCUGAUCGUAAAGAGUGGCUCAGAGUUCAGGUACCUGUCAAAGAUUGACGUUGUGAAGGACCAGGAUGGAACGUUCAAGUACACCUGUGAAAAGAGAGCUACAAUGAGAGACCUUGAGGAAGAUGCGGAAAUCAAACAGAUUGUGAAAGGAUACACUGAUAAUAUGCAGCAUAUGCUUGGAGAGGUCCUGUGCCACACAGACGUGACCUUGGAUGGACGCUGCGCCACCGUGAGACGAGCAGAGUGCAACCUGGGUAAUCUGAUCACCAACGCCAUGCUGGAGGCCACUCAUGCGGAAGCGGCGAUUUUAAACUCAGGUACUCUGCGAUCUGAUCGCUUGCACCCGGCUGGUCCCCUGACCAUGCAUGACCUGCUGCAGAUCCUGCCACUAAAGGACCCAGUGCUGGUGGUGGAGGCCACUGGGCAGCAGCUCUACGAAGGCCUGGAGAACGGGGUCAGCAUCUACCCUGAUUUAGAUGGAAGAUUUCCCCAGGUCUCAGGGAUUCAGUUUGGCUUUAAUCCCAAUGGAAAACCUGGACACAGAGUCAUCGCUAAGACAGUGAAGGUUCAAGGCAAGAGUCUAGAUAGAGACAGAAAAUAUGCGGUGGCCAUGAAAGAAUUCUUAACUAAGGGCAAAGAUGGCUACACUAUGUUCAGAAGCUGUCCUCAUAGGCACGACAUAGAGAAUGCUCAGAUCCUGUCGACCAUCCUCAUCAACCACUUUGAGUCUGGCCAGAUCGUCAGAGGCACGAAGAGGUGCAUGUCUGGCCACAGGAUGGGCCUCAUCAAGGUGUCCAGCAGCCCCUCUGUGUCUGCCAUUGAAAGUACCAAGAGUGAGAAUCUGGAGGGAGAGGAGGUGGGAGUGGCUGUGGUACCCGGAGUGGAGGGCAGGAUAUUCCAUGUCUACCCUGAGGGCCAAUCAGAAACAGAAGGCUAACAGUGGGUAGGGCUGUUCCUCAUCAGAUAAUUUCACAGAGCAACUCAGCCUCCAUAGUCACAGUGUAAGCCAGGGGAAAUUACAUCAAGUUUCACAUCUCUCAUCUGCCUCUUGCUUUUUAUCAGCCUUAUAAACAGGCGGACUGUCAAUGAUCGCUCAGACAGCAACAUGAGAUGAAGUAAUCCAUUACUUGUAUUACUGUUGAAGUAAUCCAUUACUUGUAUUACUGUUGAAGUAAUCCAUUACUUGUAGUACUGUUGAAGCAAUCCAUUACUUGUAGUACUGUUGAAGUAAUCCGUUAUUUGUAGUACUGUUGAAGCAAUCCAUUACUUGUAGUACUGUUGAAGUAAUCAAUUACUUGUAGUACUGUUGAAGUAAUCCAUUACUUGUAGUACUGUUGAAGUAAUCCAUUACUUGUAUUACUGUUGAAGUAAUCCAUUACUUGUAGUACUGUUGAAGCAAUCCAUUACUUGUAGUACUGUUGAAGUAAUCCGUUAUUUGUAGUACUGUUGAAGCAAUCCAUUACUUGUAGUACUGUUGAAGUAAUCAAUUACUUGUAGUACUGUUGAAGUAAUCCAUUACUUGUAGUACUGUUGAAGUAAUCCAUUACUUGUAUAACUGUUGAGGUAAUCCACUACUUGUAGUACUGUUGAAGCAAUCCAUUACUUGUAGUACUGUUGAAGUAAUCCAUUACUUGUAGUACUGUUGAAGCAAUCCAGCAGCAAGCAGUCCUUGAAGUUGUAAAUACCAUUUUUUGACAUGACUCAAAAUUAUACCACAUUUUUCCCCUUGUCAAUACAGUUGAAUAUUGACAACUAAUAUAUUACAGAAAAGGUAUUUAUUUUGAAUGAUCAUUUUGUGGCAUAUAUUGUGGCAAUGUAUAAGGAUUUGAACGGAGAAGGAGGAGCAAUAGUGUACAUGUGCUCAUGACAACAUUAUAGUAAAAAGGAAAUGAAUUGAAGAAAACUCACCACUGUGUUUUUGUGUUAAAACCACCCCUGACUUCCUUUUAAAAGAGAUAGUCUCGGUCAAUGUGCAAGGCCAUUCUUCUUCAUAACAAAUUAUAUCUUGACAACAUCACAAUGUUGGGUGAAUGAAUCAGUGAUUCCCUGCUUCUACCGUUGAAAGAACCCGGCUGUAAACGGAUGAUAAUGUGGCGUAUUAUAUGGCCUAUACUGUUUGGGGACUUUCUGGUCAUGCUCCAAGGCUUGACAUCACUUCUUUUUGCCACUUGUCCCCAGGACAAGUAGGACGGAAGUUUUAGUUGUCUGAAAGCUUAAAGGGACUUGUCCAAAAAAAAUCUGUAACACCAUAUUAAGUGUUUAUAAAUAAAAAUACAUCUGUAACACCAUAUUAAGUGUUUAUAAAUAAAAAUAAUUCCA